AUGGCUUCUUAUACCGUUUCUAGCGGACAAAAACCACAUGUUGUUUGCGUGCCUUUCCCUGCUCAAGGCCAUAUCGACCCGAUGCUGAAACUAGCUAAACUGCUCCACAACAAAGGCUUUCACGUCACCUUCGUCAACAACGUCUACAAUCACAACCGUCUACUCCGUUCGCGUGGGCCCAACGCGCUGGACCGGAUUCCCACGUUCCGGUACGAGUCUAUCCCUGAUGGUCUACUAGAGACUGAUGGGGAUAGGAUGCAGGACGUCCCUUCCAUCUGCGAGGCCACCAUGAAGAACUUUCUAGCUCCAUUUAAGGAGCUUCUUGAGCGAAUCAACACCAGAGAUGAUGUUCCUCCCGUGAGUUGUAUUGUAUCAGACGGUAUUAUGAGUUUCACUCUUGACGCUGCGGAGGAGCUCGGUGUCACGUGUGUUAAUUUAUGGACCGCAAGUGCUUGUGGCUUCCUUGCCUACAUGUACUUUCACAGUUUCAUCGAGAAGGGUUUAUGUCCAUUAAAAGAUGAGAGUUACUUAAACACACAAAUAGACUGGAUUCCAUCAAUGAAAAACCUAAAACUAAAAGACAUACCUAGCUUCAUCCGUGCAACUAGUCGUGACGACAUCAUGCUUAAUUUUUCUCUCCAUGAGACUGACCAGCUCAAACGCGCUUCUGCUAUCAUUCUCAACACGUUCGAUGAUCUUGAGCAUGACAUCAUACAAUCUUUGCAGUCUAUUUUACCUCCCUUGUACCCUAUUGGACCCCUCAGUCUACUAGUGAAUCGUGACAUCGACAAGGAUAGCGAGAUAGGACGGAUGGGAUCGAGUCUAUGGAAGGAGGAGACGAAGUGUCUAGACUGGCUCGAUACCAAGCCUCAAAACAGCGUAGUUUACGUUAACUUCGGUAGCAUAACAGUGAUGAGUGCAAAACAACUCGUGGAGUUCGCGUGGGGUUUGGCAGCAACAGGAAAAGAGUUUUUAUGGGUGAUCAGGCCGGAUUUAGUAGACGGUGAUGUACCGAUGCUUCCACCAGAGUUUUUAACCGAGACGGCUGGCCGGAGGAUGCUAGCGACUUGGUGUCCACAAGAGAAGGUUCUUGCUCACCCGGCGGUAGGAGGGUUCUUAACGCACUGUGGAUGGAACUCGACUAUAGAGAGUCUUUGUGGUGGAGUUCCUAUGGUGUGUUGGCCAUUCUUUGCGGAGCAGCCAACGAAUUGUAAGUUUUGUUGUGAGGAGUGGGGAGUAGGGAUGGAGAUCGGUGGAGACGUGGGGAGGAAGGAGGUCGAAGCGGUGGUAAGAGAGCUAAUGGAUGGAGAGAAAGGAAAGAAAAUGAGAGAGAAGGCGGAAGAGUGGAGAGGCUUGGCUGAGAAAGCUACGGAGCAUACUUGUGGUUCAUCGGAACUAAAUUUGCAGAUAGUUGUUGACAUGGUUCUCUUAGGACAGCAGAGAGCAAUGGGGAUGCUAUGAUCUAUUUUAACAUUUUAAACAUAAGAUGAUAAUAAUAAAAUAAACCUUUUAUAUUUGCGAAAUAUAUUUGUUGUAUUUGCGAAAGUAUUGGGGAUGGUAUAUAUUUGUGAAGGCGUCAUUCUUGACUUCGUU